AUGGCGUCGCCGUCACUUUUGGACUUGGAGCCGAGGAAUCGGCUCCCCACUCUGUUUGAGGUACUCAGUCGUCGCACUCUGGCUCCUGUCGAUCUAUUCUCUUUCUACAUAUACAUGCGAGACCAGCAGCGCUCGGUCGAUUACUUGGAUUUCUGGCUCGAUGUAUCACAACAUAUGUCGCUAUGUCGCCAUUAUGUCCGCGAACUGCGUCGGUCUGUCUUAGUUGCGACGCCUGAUCUUGAAAAAGCAGAUAGUAAAGGCUCAUCCGCCGCUUUGGAUACCUUGGAACAUCUCGGCGAUAUCCCGCUUACAGAAGCUGGUCCCUCUGGCUUGCGCCGGGGCUUUCGUGACUACGACGACAAGGACGCCGAUCAAAGGCUGUCGGCCUUCCUUCGCUCUGAUGGCCACACAUCCCAGCAUUCACCGCAGAGUAGCCUCGGGUCGCAGAACGCUGCUCGCCUUCCUUCCAAUGAACAACCGCCUCGUCCAAGCUCUGGAACACAGAACGAAUCGAAUUCCCCUGGCCAUACAGUCACGCGACACGAUAUUCGCGCGUCUGCAGAGAAGAUUCUCUACACCUAUUUACUACCCGGUGCUGAAAGAGAGAUCGUUCUCCCGGAGGAAAUGGUAUCAACGGUAAUCAAUCUCAUUGAGGAUGACGGGAGGGAUGAUCCGGAAGUGUUUGACCCCGCCAAAGACUACGUCUUCCAAGCAAUGGAACGCGACGCAUACCCUGGGUUUUUGCAGGCAAAAGCCUUGGGUAAUCUUGUGCCAUUGACUGUUGUGACUCGCUUGGCUUUGGCUUUGAUGAGCUUUGGCGGUGGUUUCUGGGGCGCCUUCUACGUUGUCCUUCGAGACAAGCCGCGGCAUAUUCGUUGCUGGGUGAUUUUGCCUUUCAUUGUGGCUGCAUAUUUCAUCGCGUCGUACCAGUACAAGAUCGACCCGGUAAUGGCAUAUUUGGGGUACAGUGAAUACACGUUCAUGAACUGGGCUCCAAUCCGCGAGCCUUAUGUUCGUAAGCUCCUGAAUAAACGAGCCACUGCAACGUUAUUCAUUGCCCUACUGGUCGCUGCUGCGCUGAGCAUUCUGUUCAUUUUUGUUCCCGGUAUUAUGCUGUGA